AUGACUGAAACAGAUUCCAAAUCAAUACAUUCGUUAGUUCGUGAUUUACAAAGUUUAGUUAAAAACGCUCAAGAACAAUGGAAAAUUAAUUUUCCUCGGCAGGGGCAAGCGGAUCAGCCACAGACAAAUAUUGCUGUUCCGAAUGUUGUACAUCCACUUGGACCAGUAAACUUGAGUGAAUUACCUACAGAAAUUUCACAAAAAAUAGCGGUUAUGCGAGAUAUUAUUACUAAAUUUAAAAAUAAUACAUUGAGCGGAGUUCCUCAGCUUCAACACGGUACAGAAAGUUUGUUAAAAAACCACAUUAAUCAACUCAAAGAAGAAACAGAACGUCUUGAAUCACUAUCUGAAGUAAGAGAUAAUAUCAAGAUAUGUAAAAGCUUGGCUUUAGAUGCGUGUCAAGAUAAUGCGACAGCAUUUAAAUUUAUUAUAAAACAGACCGAAAGUUUUGGAAAACAGCUUGGUCUUCAAAUAAUAUAUGAUAUUGAAAAACAUGGGAUUGAUUCAACACUAUCAAUGAGUGGAUCUAUUAUAGUGUUGGAUAAAAAUCUUGAAACUUUAGCGACAUUGGAUAUGAUUUCCAAAUCAAAUACUCCUGUUGAUUGUUUUCUUUGCAUAAAAUGUAUAAGCAAUGAUUUAAAAGCAAUUUAUGAAAAGGAAUCUGAUAUUACUAUUGGAGAUAUCCCCAAAAUAUUAACCGAAGGUCAUGGAAUACCUUUAUUUCAUUUUGAGAGAGUCGGCCCUUCCAUCGCAUACUGGGCUCCUAAAUAUCGAAUUAUUGAAAUAGAUUGGAACAUUGUCAAAGAUAUUAUCAAUCAAGGUGGAACACAUGGAUCAUUUCGAUACCUUAAUCGUAUGUGGAUCACUAUGGAAAAGUCUCGAGACAACCGCGUUUUUUUGCCAUCUGAUAGAAGCCAAUAUUUGCUUGAUAUCACAAAUGAAGAAAUCGACUUAAAUUAUAUCAUGCAGAAUCCAUUUUCGCUAUUCCCAAAUGGAACUCAGUUGAAGUUUUUAGACCCAACUAAAGUCGCUUCUGCUCCCGUCGCACCUAUAGAAUUCGUCGCUUGGCUUGAUCCACCAGUUUAUGUUUCUGACAACGUGGCUAGAGCAAUUGGAAAUUUGGCUGGUGUUGCAGUCAGAGGAUUUUUUAUUAGCAGUGCGUUUCAAAAGAAAGAUCCUCAAGCUUUAUCGUUGGAGCAACUGUUGAUAGAAGGCAUUAUUCCUCCUGUAAAUCAAAGUUCUUCAGCCCAAGCCUCAAAGAUAGUCCAUCAAUGGGAAAAGAUAUUUAGUUCAGACAAUAUGUGUAAUACGAAUGCAAGAAGGAUUGAUCGUAUUCCAUUUUCUCAUCCAUCUCAACUUCCUGGGUUCAUUAAGACGUUACGACAACAGCUUAUCUUUAAUACACUCUACCAAAGCUGUUUCAAUUCUUCCACAUAUAAACAAAUAACAAUAACAAAAAAAUCCAAAUAUGACCAUGAUUUGAAAGAGAACUCUCUGGACAUAGAAGCAAAAGUACAUGUAAAAGUUCAAACAGAUAAUCCACCCAAUGGAUUAACAUUAAGUAUUCAAUUACCUCAAAAAAUGGCAAAAUCACAAACUACUAUUCAUUUACACAUUACCAUUUUGCUACCAUAUUCACAAAUAUACGUUGUUUCUCAUAUAACUGGUUUUGGAGAUAUUAGUAUAUACAAUUUGAAUGAUGAGAAUUUAAGUAGAGUACUAAGCAUGUGUCAAGAUAUUCCAAUGACAAUUAAUUGGAUAUUAAAAAAUUUAUCAAAACCCGAAGAGAAAAUGAUGAUUGAUGAAGUUGAAGUUUCAGAUUUUGAUAAUGGUUUCAAGAGGGGUUUUACAAAAAAUGCAUCAAAAAUCAAUAAUUCAUUUUAG